UCCUGGUCAUGUCGAUGCGCUCAUAGGCGGAGAGUUCUUUCUUCAAUUGUUGGAGACCGGUAAAAUCGAACUCGGCAACAAUUUACCGAUAUUACAAAAUACAAAAUUCGGUUGGAUAGUAUCGGGCUCAAUACCACAACAUCUUAUUCAAUCAUCUGUUGACGAGACGUUACGAAAAUUUCGGGAAUUGGAAGAAUACGUAGAUAACAAUAAAAAACUGUCGAAAGAGGAACAGAGUUGCGAAAUCCACUUUACAAACACAACAAUUCGCGAUAAGUUUGGACGACAAUACUCCGAAUUUAUACGCAAGUACAUAGAGUUAAAUCACAUGUCCAGGAUUACCGAAGGCAAUGGCAUAUCGAAUCCAGUGUAUUUGCCGCAUCACGGUGUACUUCGCGAAUCAAGCACGACAACCAAAUUAAGAGUAGUAUUCGAUGCUUCGGCAAAAACUGCGUCGGGUAUCUCGUUGAAUGACACGUUGAUG